AUGGACGACGAAACGCUGCCGACGCUCAAGCUGGGUGCAGCUCAAGGCCCCGCGGAGCUGCAGAAGCUGGCGGCUACCGAGCCGCUGAAGCUUCCGGAGCAGCAGCUUGCGCAGCAGCUGCUUGAGCAGGUGUACGUCAAAGCACGUACAACGGUGGAGCGGCUGGCAGGACCGAAGACAACUCCCUCCCAAGGAGGGGCAAGGCUGGCGAUGGAGGAGUGGGCGGAGACCCAGCAGGCCGUCAUCAACUUUUUCUUUGGCGGCAAGUCUGGCCCAACAACGCCAGCACAGGGCGGGGCAAG